AUGUCUCCCUCGUCGCCAAUCAACGGCUUCACCAACGGUAUGCAGCACUCGCCGCCAAAUUCUGUCAAUGGAGACCACAUGUACAAUUCUGUGGAAUUCUUACGUAGUAAUCAAGCCCCCGCGGGAUGGAUUAUUCAGAAAUUCGGCGGUACGAGCGUCGGCAAGUUCCCAGAGAAGAUUGCUGAGGAAAUCGUCAAGGUCUAUGUGGCCCAGAACAAAGUUGCCAUUGUGUGUUCUGCCAGAAGUACAGACACAAAAGCGGAAGGAACUACAAAUCGACUUCUAAAUGCUGCGGCCCAGGCCAUGGUUGCUGACUCAACUACAUAUCUCGACGUCGUUGACCAAAUCCGGGAAGACCAUGUCCGCGAAGCAAAGAAGCUUAUUAAGAAUCCAGACCUGGCCGAUGAGCUUUGUGGCCAUAUUGAAGCCGAGUGUGGCAAGCUUGCCAGCUUUCUUGGUGCAGCUCAGAUUAUUAAUGAGAUUUCUCCAAAGUCCAAGGAUAUUAUCAUUGGUGCUGGCGAGAAGCUCAGCUGCAGGUUGAUGGCCACCUUGCUCAAGGAUAGAGGGGUUGAUGCGGAGUAUGUCAACUUGGAAAACAUCCUUCCGUCCGGUUACCAAAUGAAGGGGGGUCUCUGCCAAAGCUUCUAUGAUGAUUUGGCACAUCGCCUCGGAGAAAGACUCCUUCUUUGUGGAGAUAGAGUUCCUGUCAUUACCGGCUUUUUCGGCUACGUCCCUGGUAGUCUCCUGGACGUUAUUGGUCGUGGAUACACAGACCUCUGUGCCGCCCUCGUUGCUGUCGGGAUUGAUGCCGAUGAGCUUCAAGUCUGGAAAGAAGUUGAUGGUAUCUUUACUGCUGACCCAAGAAAAGUCCCCUCCGCUAAGCUGCUCCCUACCAUCACACCUGAAGAAGCUGCAGAACUCACAUACUAUGGCUCCGAAGUCAUCCACCCGUACACCAUGGAGCAAGUCAUCCGUGCACGUAUUCCCAUUCGUAUCAAGAAUGUCGAAAACCCUACCGGCCCUGGCACCGUUAUCUUCCCGGAUACCAUGUCCACCAAGGGCCUAGAUACUCCUCCCCAUCCACCCAAACUCUUCCGCUCAGAAUCUGCCCGCAACUUCCUCCAACUCCGCCCUCGCCGCCCUACUGCCGUUACAAUCAAGAACAAGAUUGUUGUUCUCAACAUCCACUCGAAUCGUAAAUCCCUUUCUCAUGGUUUCUUCGCCAACAUUUUCUCAACGCUCGACAAGUACCAACUUGUUGUCGAUCUUAUCUCUACUUCUGAGGUACACGUCUCCAUGGCUCUACAUGCUGAGGUUCGUGAGGAGUCUAUGCGCGAUGCCAUUGAUGACCUGAGAAAGUACGGGACAGUCGAUGUGAUCCGUAACAUGACCAUCUUGAGUUUGGUCGGAAAACACAUGAGGAAUAUGGUUGGUGUUGCUGGCAGAAUGUUUACUACCCUCGCGGCUAGCGAUGUAAACAUUGAGAUGAUUAGCCAAGGUGCUAGCGAGAUCAAUAUUUCAUGUGUUAUUGAUGAGAAGGAUGCGACAAAGGCAUUGCGGGUAAUCCAUGAUAAGGUGUUGUUUGAGAAUUAG